UCUAUCUUAAUUCUUAAUAAGCAAGUGAAGAAACCCUAGCUCGCAGGGUUUGUCAUUUCCCGACAACAAAAAUGUCUCUUUCACCUUUGGAGUAUUUGUACUUUACAGAGGACUCCAUCAAAGAGUUGAAAAAUGGAAACACUAGCUUCAAGUUCUCUCAACCACUUCCCACUCUUCGCUUUCUCUAUGAGCUCUGCUGGGUUAUGGUUCGAGGUGAAUUGCCCUUUCAGAAAUGUAAAAUGGCAUUAGAGUGUGUGGAGUUUGUGGAUUAUGCAUCCCAGGAGGAGCUAGGGUCGAGUUUGGCUGAUAUUGUUACCCAAUUGGCUCAGGAUCUGUCAUUACCGGGAGAAAAUCGUCAACGUGUUAACAAACUGGCAAAAUGGCUUGUGGAAUCUGCUUUAGUUCCUUUGAGAUUUUUUCAGGAGCGAUGUGAGGAAGAGUUUUUGUGGGAGUCUGAGAUGAUCAAGAUAAAGGCUGCAGAUUUGAAGUCGAAAGAGGUUAGGGUAAAUACUCGUCUUCUUUAUCAGCAAACAAAGUUUAACCUUCUUCGCGAAGAAAGUGAAGGUUAUGCAAAGCUGGUCACUCUCCUUUGUCAAAUUCCAGAGGGUUCUACACGGAAUGCUUCAGCUGCUACAGUUGGCAUAAUCAAGUCGCUGAUUGGGCACUUUGAUCUGGAUCCAAACCGAGUGUUUGAUAUUGUUUUGGAGUGUUUUGAACGUCAGCCUGGUAAUAGUAUAUUUUUGGACUUGAUUCCCAUAUUUCCCAAGUCCCAUGCCUCCCAAAUUCUUGGAUUUAAGUUUCAAUACUACCAACGUCUGGAAGUAAAUGAUCCUGUUCCGAGUGAACUUUAUCAGCUAACAGCCUUGCUGGUGAAAAGAGACUUCAUUGAUGUUGACAGCAUUUAUGCACAUUUACUUCCCAAGGAGGGGGAUGCUUUUGACCAUUACAAUGCAUUUUCAGCUAAGAGACUUAAUGAGGCUCCAACUUUUUCUAGUGCUAACAAAAUAGGUAGAAUAAAUCUUGCUGCUACUGGAAAGGAUCUCAUGGAUGAAGAGAAACAAGGAGAUGUGACAGUGGAUCUGUAUGCUGCAUUGGACAUGGAAACAGAGGCAGUUGCUGAGCGUUCCUCGGAGCUAGAAAAUAGUCAACCCCUGGGCUUGCUUAUGGGAUUUCUUGAAGUGGAUGACUGGUAUCAUGCUCAUGUGUUGUUUGACCGUCUCUCCCAUCUUAAUCCAGCAGAGCAUGUACAAAUAUGUGAUGGAUUAUUCAGGUAAAUCAAAAUCUCAUUAAUCGUUUGAUGUCUGCUCGUUCUCCCCUCUUCAAUUCCCAAUCGCUUUGGGAACGUCACGGGGGAGGAAGAUAGAAAGGUAACCUAUGACACCGGGGAAUUAUGCUUUUUUUGCCGUUAUCAAUCAUCUAUCACACUUUUGCAUUGUUCUUCGGAACUACUUAUGCAUCAGGUGUGGUAAUUGGUCUUAAUACAUUCUUGGUUCAUUAUCCAUUCACUAAGAUUUAACUGUUGUAAUUUUUUGAGCAAGGGUGGACUCUUAAUUGAUACUAUCAUUUCUCUUUGUUUGGAGUAUAG